CCGCGCCACCGGGCGGGGAUGCUGCGGGGCACCGGGCCGAGCCGGUAACCCGCCGGGACCGGCACCGGCACCGGGACCGCCACCGGGACCGGCACCGGCACCGGGCCGUGCCAGGGAUGCAGGGCAAGGGCAAGCUGCUGCUGGUCCACAACGGGCGCAUGGGCCCGGCCGUGUCGGAUGGAGAAUUAAACGCCUCCAGGGCCCGGGGCAGCAACCACAGCGUGAACAGCCUGCCGGCCCCACAGACCACCUGCGGCUCCGCGCACGGCUCCGUGGCCAGCUGGGCAGAGUCCUUCGAGACGCUGCUGCAGGACCGCGUGGCUGUCACCUACUUCACCGAGUUCCUCAAGAAGGAGUUCAGCGCCGAGAACGUCUACUUCUGGCAGGCAUGCGAGCGCUUCCAGCAGAUCCCAGCCAGCGACACGCAGCAGCUGGCACAGGAGGCACGGCGGAUCUACGACGAGUUCCUCUCCAGCCACUCGGUGAGUCCCGUCAACAUCGACAGGCAGGCUUGGAUCGGGGAGGACAUGCUGGCCACCCCCUCCCCGGACAUGUUCCGCCUCCAGCAGCUCCAGAUCUUUAACCUGAUGAAGUUCGACAGCUACACGCGCUUCGUGAAGUCCCCCCUCUACCAAGCCUGCCUGAGGGCUGAGAGCCAGGGGCAGCCCCUGCCGGACCUGCGGCCCCACUCCCGCAGCAGCAGCCCCCCCCCAGACCUCAGCAAGAAGUCGAAGCUGAAGCUGGGGAAGUCGCUGCCUCUCGGCGUGGAGACGGCCGGCAGCGGGGCCACCCGCAGCCCCCGCCGCUCCUUCCGCAAGGGCGAGCGACGGGAGCCCUCCUGGGCAGAUGGGGGAGAAGGCGGUGGAAGCGCCGUGCUGUGGCGAGAGUCUCAGGGCUCCCUCAACUCCUCCGCCAGCCUGGACCUGGGUUUUCUCUCCUCGGCUGGCACGGCUGCCAGCCCCUGGACGGAGGGCCAUCGCAAGAGCCUGGGGGGCAGCGAGGCCGAGGCCAAGCCCACCAAGUACUGCUGCGUCUACCUGCCCGACGGCACGGCCUCGCUGGCCGCCGUGCGGCCCGGCCUCUCCAUCCGCGACAUGCUGGCUGGGAUAUGCGAGAAGCGAGGCUUCAGCCUCCCCGACAUCAAGGUGUACCUGGUGGGCAACGAGCAGAAAGCGUUGGUGCUGGACCAGGAGUGCUGCGUGCUGGCAGACCAGGAGGUGAAGCUGGAGAACAGGAUCAGCUUUGACCUGGAGAUCUCCUCCCUCAGCAAGACCAUCCGCAUCACGGCCAAGUCCACCAAGCGCAUCCGGGAAGCGCUGCAGCCCGUGCUGGGCAAAUACGGCGUCAACGUGGAGCUGGCGCUGCUGCGCCGGCAAGGUGAGUCGGCAGCGCUGGACCUAGAGAAGCUGGUCAGCACGGUGGCUGCGCAGAAACUCGUCCUGGAAACGCCGGCAGACAUGAGAGUGACAGAGAGCGCCGAGGCUGCGGCCGCCCCCUCCCCGCUGCGCAGCGAGGAGGGAAGCCCGACGGGAGCGGAGGCCGACGUGCCAUGGGGGCUGCCCCCCUCCUCCUGCAGGCCCCGGUCCUCGGCUGCCACCAACCUGAACCGCCGCACCUACGACUUGGAAGGGCUGGUGGAGCUGCUGAACCGUGCCCAGAGCUGCCGGGCCAACGACCAGCGGGGGCUGCUCUCCAAGGAGGACCUGGUGCUGCCUGACUUCCUCCAGCUGCCGGGGCAGGACGGCAGUGCCUGCGGGGGCUCCGAGCAGCCCAGCGCCUCUCACCUGGGAUCCCAGGGGAGCAACCACCCCGGCCCCACCAAGGAGCCCGCGCCGGCUCAGCCCGCGGUCGAGCAGGAGCCCCGGUGAGCCCUGCCCCGUGCCCGCACCCAGCGCCUGGCGCCGCC